CUGCCCCGGCUCCUGCACUCACGCCGCACCGCGGAGGCGCUCGGAGCCCAGCGAGUUUGCAAAGAAGGGACGCCCCCUCUUCUCCCCCAACAAGCCUGAACGCCGGGCAGGGCUGCGGACUUGCAACCGGCUGUGCCCCGACUCGGAGAGGAGACGCCCCGAGCCCGGCAGUUGGAGCCUCUCCUGCCACCAGCUCUCUCGGCAGCGCCAGGACAGGGGGGAGCCCAGCCAGCUCCUGCGCCCCGCAGCAUCCUCCCCACCCGGCUGCUGCUGCGCUCCGGCCAUGACAAGGGCAGCGCCUCCUCUGUAGGGACUCCGAGACCUCGCCGCGCUCCUGCUGCAGCCCCCUGAGCGACUGCCCCGCGCCUCUUCCCGGGCGCCUGCGUCUCGCCCCCCGAGCCAGCUGCUCCCUGCGCUCCCCCCGCGCCUCUCCGCCCGAGCACCGGCGUGCAGCAUGGGGACAGCCCCUCCGCUCGCCUCCCUGCUGCUGGCGGCGCUGCUCUGCCCCUUUCCCCCGGGCGGUCGCUGCAGCCCCGGGCCGCGGGAGGAGCAGGAGCUGAUCGUGCCCGUGCGGCUGGACUCCGCGGCCGAGCCGGCUGCCAAGAGGCUCUAUCGCCUGGACGCCUUCGGGAAGCGGCUGAGCUUGGAGCUGGAGCCAGACAGCAGCUUCCUGGCUCCGGACUUCAGGCUGCAGUACUUGGGCAGCCGCCCCCGGGAGGAGGAGGAGGCGGUGCCGGAGCAGGGAGCCUCGCUCGGGAACCAACCCGCAGCCGACCUGGCGCGCUGCUUCUACUCCGGCACCGUCAACCGGGACCCGAGCUCUGCCGCCGCCCUCAGCCUCUGCGAUGGGCUCCGAGGGGCUUUCUACUUGCAGGGGGAAGAGUACUUCAUCCAGCCGGCCAACGCCUCCCAGCAGCAGCUCCACCUCCUGCGCCGGCGGCUGCAGAGCAGCGUCCACCAGAGCGGCGGCUCCAAGUGCGGGGUGACAGACCAGAGCGUCCCCCUGGCCGCAGAGGGACAGCAGGAGCGCGUGGGCCAGACAGAAACUGGAAGCACAAGGAAAAAAAGAUUUGUGUCCAGCCCUCGCUAUGUAGAAACCAUGCUUGUAGCAGACCAAUCCAUGGCAGAGUUUCAUGGCAGUGGAUUGAAGCACUAUCUCCUGACUUUGUUGUCUGUGGCAGCCAAAUUAUACAAGCAUCCCAGUAUCCGAAACUCUAUUAGUCUGGUGUUGGUAAAAAUUCUGGUCAUCUAUGAUGAGCAGAAGGGACCUGAAGUUUCUUCUAAUGCUGCCCUUACCUUAAGGAACUUCUGCAGUUGGCAAAAGCAACACAAUCCACCCAGUGACCGACAUGCAGAGCACUAUGACACAGCAAUCCUCUUUACCAGACAGGACCUUUGUGGUGCCAAGACAUGUGAUACUCUUGGGAUGGCUGAUGUGGGAACAAUUUGUGAUCCAAACCGCAGUUGCUCUAUCAUAGAAGACGACGGAUUGCAAGCUGCCUUCACAACUGCUCAUGAACUAGGCCAUGUGUUUAACAUGCCCCAUGACGAUGCAAAGCAGUGUGCCAAUAUUAAUGGUCUAAGCCGGGAUUCCCACAUGAUGGCAUCUAUGCUUUCCAAUCUGGAUCGAAGCCAACCUUGGUCUCCGUGCAGUGCCUACAUGAUUACAACAUUUUUGGAUAAUGGUCAUGGUGAGUGUUUACUGGACAAGCCCCACAAACCUAUACAGCUUCCCUCUGAUCUCCCUGGAACUUUGUAUGAUGCCAAUAGGCAGUGCCAGUUUACAUUUGGAGAUGAGUCCAAACAUUGUCCGGACACAGCCAGCACGUGUACAACUUUGUGGUGUACUGGCAUCUCUGGAGGAUUGCUUGUGUGCCAAACUAAACACUUUCCCUGGGCAGAUGGCACCAGUUGUGAAGAGGGGAAAUGGUGUGUGAAUGGCAAGUGUGUAAACAAGACUGAGAAGAAGCAUUAUGAUACCCCUGUCCAUGGAGGCUGGGGAUCAUGGGGACCCUGGGGAGACUGCUCAAGGACAUGUGGUGGUGGAGUGCAGUACUCCUUUAGAGAGUGUGAUAACCCAGUUCCAAAGAAUGGAGGAAAGUACUGUGAAGGCAAACGGGUGCAAUACCGAUCGUGUAAUAUUGAGGACUGUCCAGAUAAUAAUGGCAAAACUUUCAGAGAAGAACAGUGUGAAACACACAAUGACAUUUCCAAAUCCCCUUUUGGAAGUGGACCUGCAGUGGAAUGGAUACCCAAGUUUGCUGGAGUCUCUCCAAAGGACAGAUGCAAACUUGUCUGCCGAGCAAAAGGCACCGGAUAUUUCUUUGUUCUGCAACCUAAGGUUGUGGAUGGCACCUCAUGUAGCCCAGAUUCCACUUCUGUCUGUGUGCAGGGACAAUGUGUAAAGGCUGGCUGUGAUCGUAUGAUAGGCUCCAGUAAGAAAUUUGACAAAUGUGGUAUCUGUGGAGGCAAUGGAUCUACCUGUAAGAAAGUGUCGGGCACACUUGUUAGUGCAAAACCUGGUUAUCAUGAUGUUGUCACCAUUCCUGCUGGAGCAACCAACCUUGAAGUUAAGCAACGAAAUAACAGGGGUUCACGACAUGAUGGCAGUUUCCUUGCUAUUAAAGCUGCUGAUGGCACAUAUAUUCUUAAUGGUGACUACACUCUAUCGACAUUGGAACAAGACAUUACUUAUAAAGGCAGUGUUUUGAGGUACAGUGGCUCAUCUGCAGCUUUGGAAAGAAUCCGCAGUUUCAGCCCACUGACGGAACCUUUAACUAUCCAGGUUCUGACUGUGGGUGACUCACCUCAACCUAAAAUCAAAUAUACUUAUUUUGUGAAGAAACCACUACAGUCUGGGUCUGAGAAAGCUUCCAGCAAAAAGAAAGAAUCUUUUAACGCCAUCAAGGAGACCAUCUUAUCUGAAUGGGUUAUUGAAGAAUGGGGAGAAUGUUCAAAGUCAUGUGGGUCCGGUUGGCAAAGAAGAUCUGUCAAAUGCAGAGACCUUAAUGGGCAGUCUGCCACAGACUGUGCAAAAGAACUCAAACCAAAUGAUCUCCGACCAUGUGCAGACAUGCCCUGCCCACAGUGGCAAUUGGGAGACUGGUCACCAUGUUCUAAGACAUGUGGGAAAGGAUUCAAGAAGAGAUUAUUAAAAUGUAUGUCUUAUGAUGGCAGUAUGUUGCCACAAGAAAGCUGUGACCCUUCAAAGAAACCUAAACAUUUAAUAGACUUUUGCAAUGUUACAAAGUGCACUUAAACAGUAUUCAGUUGGGAAAGCUAAAGAUUUUUUUUUCCAGAACAGUGCACUGAAAACAAGAAAGUUAGAGAUAGCAUGUGUGUCUUGCAUAUAAAAGUCAUGGUGAGGAUUCAUUGAGAGGGGACAGUACAAAUGAUUUUAGGGUGGUGUUGCAUCAUAAAAAUAUCCUGCAAAGUGCAGAUUUGAUAGUUUAGCAAGCCAAUGUCACUGACUCUUUCAUCUUCAGUAGAUAAAGCCCUAAGGCAUUAUAAUUUCCUUUUUAAGUCAGUUACAAGUUAAAGAAAACAAGCAGGGGCCAAACUGAGUUUAAGUAAACAUUUCAGAUUCCCCUCCCCCCCUUUAGAUUUGUGUUGUGGUACUGUUCAAGUCCCUAGGUUUUUUUAUGUGGGUGGCUUGGGAUGGGGGGCAGGAGGGAGAAAAUAGCUUUUGUCUAAGCUUAAAAUAAUUGGUCAAAGCUUACCUACCUCACAAAGGACAAAAAACAGGAUUAGAAAAGGAGUUUCAACUACAUUGUUCAUGGCUGCUAUUGUUUCAGAGAUUAGUUUUAUAGAAAAAUAAAGCCAUAUUCUCCACAAGUAAAGAGUCAAAAAUAUCAAGAACAAUCAUUCUAACUUAACCUAACUUAACCUGCAGACAACUAGAAUGUUCUAUUUUUAAGCAUCUUUGUAUCACCCCAAUGUUUCUAUCCAUUUCUCUCAUCCAUGCCGAUGUAGUCAUUGUGACAUGCGUAACCUACAAAAGCUGGAAUAAGUGGCAAUCUCCAUGGAACAGGUACUCUCUAAAAGUUGUUGCUUUUGGUGCCUCCUGACCAAACCACUGGUUUCUCUGGUUCAACUCUGGUUCUACCAUACUGUCAAUCAAAGUUAUUACAGUGAAGGUUUGAGCGCUGUCUCAAGUUCUAACUUUUUACCAUGUUCCGGCCCACACUAGCUUACUUAUUUGUGUUAUGCUAGAGACAGAUCAAAGGAAAAAGAAAUUCCCAAUAUGCAUGGGAAUCUCUAAUAUAUGACAUCUAAUAUUUUUAUAGUGCUCAAAUCACUUUUAUAAGGCGGGAAAGACAAAGCUGAAGGAUAGCAGGUCCAUCCACAGCAGUACACUAGCAGUUGCUUAAUUAAAAGUUUGUGCCAGUCCAUAGACUAUGAGAGAAUAUGGCUUUCCAUAUGUAUAUAGUAAAAUAUAUUACUAUAGAUUAUAUGUACUUUAUAAGUAUUUUAUAUUUCUUUACCUUCUGGGAAGGGUUAUAGUUUGUAAUAAAUGCGUAUAAUGAACCUAUUUAUUUUUAUACUUCCUGUGAUCUUCUAAGUUAUCGCUUUUUUUAAAAGGACAUAUAACAAGGAUAGAGUAUUUAUACAGUAUAAUAAUAUGUUACUAGAGGUAAUAAAUGAACACUAUGAA